AUGAGCGAUCAUGUUCCUCGAAAAACAGGUGGUAGUGACAAGCCACAUCAACAUUUUAUACAAUGCAAAAGCAAAGCAGAUGCUGAAGAACGAGCUCGAAGUAGCAGUCGUGGACGAACGCCUAUUCAUCAUACUGCUCAUGAAGCAGGGCAGAAGAAUCAUUAUCAUCCAGCCGGCAAAGAUGGUGAAAAGUACCCAGACGGAAGUCAUUAUGAAUAUGGAAAGCCGAAGCAAGUAAACGACAAGGAAAAGAAACAACAAAAGAAAUGA